ACCGAGUGUAGUAUACCGGUAGAUCUAAAGAUAGAACAGGGUUUUCCACAUAGCGAAAUAUUUAAUACGUAAUAUAUCAUGGAAUGAGAAGAUCAUAACAAAGAGAUGAUCGUUCAGAUGGGUUGAUGAACGUCUCAUAAUGGACCCACGAGGUCUUGGUCCUCCUGCUCGACAUGUCUCCCCUGUCACAGUAACAUACAGUACAGUUACAGCAGCAGGAAGUCAGCAAGGACCAGUAGUGCCUCACCCCCAGAACCGUGGCGGUCAGCCUCAUUGGAGUUUCCCUCCAGUAAAUUUAAUCCAGCAGCAAGGGCAGACAACUGCACAGAUAACUUCUCAGCAACAAUGGCAACAACAACAAUUCUCAAUGGGUGGACAAAAUCAGAGAUUGUCACAAAAUCAAAAUGAAGUCUAUAUGCCAUCACAGCAACACAACUUUAAACCACAUAUGAUAAAAUUUUCAAGACCAGCUGUACCACAGCCCCGGAACUAUGGUGGCAAUCCUUUUUUGGGCAUCCCUAAAGCAAACUUUCUUCCGCAGCAAGGGCAGACAACUGCACAGCAAGCUUCUCAGCAACAAAGGCAACAACAACAAUACUUAAUGAUUGGAAAAAAUGGUCUAUCAGCACCAAACCAAUAUGAAGUUUAUACGCCAUUUCAGCAGCAAAGCUUUAAUCAGCGGAAGACAAUCACUUCAAGACCAGCAUUGGUUUCUGAUCAGAACUAUGGUGUUCAGGAUCUUAUGGGCUUCCACAGCAGAAACACAAUCCAGCGACUAGAGCAGACAACUCCACAACCAACUUCACAUCAGCAACAGCAUCAACAAUGGCUUCAGUACCAACAACAAUUCACAAAUGAACAAAUUGCUUCGCAUAAAAAUGACGCUUAUAUGUCAAAUCAGCAGCCACACUCAAAUCAGGAGUUGAGAACCCCUUUAGUACCAACAACAUAUUAUCUUCAAAAUAACGGAGCCCCGGCUCCUUGGGGCCUACAUCCAUUCAUCCAGCAAGGGAAUACGACACAACAACCAGCUCUACAGCAACAACACCCACAUCAGCAACAUCAGUAUCGCCAACAGCACCUUAUGAAGGGACAAAAUGAGCAAUUGACACCACACACACCACAUCGGAAUGAUUUUUCUAUGCCUUAUCAACGGCCAAAUUUUGAUCAGUUUAUUACAACUCAUUCAGAAUUAGAUCAAAGAUGGGAUUCUUUAGACUGCAAAACACGACUGCAUUUGCCACCCUUAAUUCGAUUAGAAGGAUCUAUGGGAAACAUGUGCGCCUCUCCUGCUGGUCCUGUAGGAAACAUGUCCACCUCUCCUGCUAUUCCUAUGGGAAACAUGUCUGCAUCUUCUUCUGUUCAUAUUGGAAACAUGUCUGCCUUUCCCAUAAGAAAUAUAUCUGCCUCACCUGUAGAUCGUGUGGGAAACAUGUCUGCCUCAACU